CGCGGAGCUGUCCUCGCGCUGGUGCUGAAUCAAGAUGGCUGUGCGCGCGAGAGGAGCGGAGGAGAGCUGAGGGAUGCAGAGACAGCGAGAGAGACGGCAAAGUGAGGGGAGCCUUUCAACAGCAAAAUAAAUAGCCAUAUCCGUGAAGAACGCACGGAUUCCCUUGUAAUGAUGUCUUCGAAUAGAUUUUAUGUCCACUAUGGCAAUAUUUAGCUUAUGUUUAGACGUACAUCUGUAGCCUACACCGGGAGGUAACUGAGGAGUAGCCAAGCGAAGCAGUGAAGACCCAGCCGGCCGGUAGAGGACAGCCGGGGACGCUCAGCGCUGCUGUCAGAGAUGUCCCUGCUCUGUGUCGGAGUGAAGAAAGCCAAGCUGGAUGGAGCCCAAGAGAAGUUCAACACGUAUGUGACCCUGAAGGUGCAAAAUGUGAAGAGCACGACCAUCGCUGUCCGGGGAAGCCUGCCCAGCUGGGAGCAGGACUUCAUGUUUGAGAUUAACAGGCUGGACCUGGGGCUGACGGUGGAGAUGUGGAAUAAAGGCUUAAUAUGGGACACCAUGGUUGGCACGGUGUGGAUCCCCCUGCACAGCAUCCGCCAAUCAAACGAGGAGGGUCCGGGGGACUGGCUGACCCUGGACUCCCAGGUUAUCAUGGCGGACAACGAUAUCUGUGGAACCAAAGACCCCACUUUACACCAGGUGCUGCUGGACACACGCUUUGAACUGCCUCUCGAUAUCCCUGAGGAAGAGGCACGCUAUUGGGCCAAAAAACUGGAGCAACUCAAUGCCAUGAGAGACCAAGAUAUAACUAACCUGGACUCGUACCAGGAAGACCCGGAGCGACCACUUCCUGUCCCAGGGACACAGUGCUGUAACUGGAGUCUGUGGGGAGAACUACAAAAUGAGGACCCAGACAGUGCUGUGGAUGACCGAGACAGUGACUACCGCAGUGAGACCAGUAACAGCAUCCCUCCCCCCUACUAUACCACGUCUCAGCCCAACGCCUCCGUCCACCAGUACCCCAUCAGAGACCAGCAGCACCGCCAGGGGACCCGCCCCUCCUCCUACCCCCCUUCCAACAGCUGUGGCCCCCUCGACUACCACCAGAGGGCCAUCAGCCCUACGGGAAGCUAUGCGUCGUCGGCAGAGUUGAGUCGCUGCAGCAGCCAGCUGAGUGAGGAGGAGUACGGCCCGGAGUACAGAGAGAGGGAUCCUUACGAUGAGAACGACUCUUACCACUCCUGUCACUCCUCUGUCACCUACAGCAAGGGCUCUCCCGACUGGGACCCUGACGAGACCCAGGGGGGGUACAGCGAUGAGGGCUACAGUAAGGACGGGGGUGAGGAGGGGGCCCUCUAUGAGGAGGAUACGGGGGCCCUGUAUGAGGAAGAGGGGACAUAUGAAGGAGAGGAGGGCGAGAUUUAUGACGAUGAGGAUUACCCUCUGGACGGCACCCUCAGUGAGGAUAUGGAGGUCCCCUACACCCCCACCCCCACCAGCACGGCACCCCCACACUCGACGUCCCCGGUGCUUCUAGACCCCCCUGGAAAAACAGCCUUCUCUGCAUCAACAUCAGGCGCCACCCGUCCAGCCGCCCAGCCAAGCCCCAAAUCAAGCCCACCCUCCGGCCAUGGCUCCAGGAGGACAGCCCCUGGGUCAGCCACCCACCCAGGCCCCUCAACCACAGUCUCAGCCCCAGCCAGUCCCCGGCCCAGCACCAGCCCAGUCCUUCUUCUCCAUGGCAAAGCCCUUCUCAGCAGCAGUAACAGGCCUGGCCUCAUCUUUUCUGUCUUCUGGACUCCCCACUGCCCAAACUGCCCAGCCUCACCCCCCAGGCCCACAACCCCAGGCUCACCCCCCAGGCUCACAACCCCAGCCCCAGUCUGCCUCCUCCAUUCCCCCGUCUCACCCUGCCACCGGGGCCCCUUCCCCUCAGGGCACCCAGUCCACAACCACUGGCCCUCCCUCCCAGCCGACCCCCUCCACUGCCCCCUCUCAGGCCCAGCCCCUGCCCAAACAACUCCCCAAUCAGAGGGCCCCGAUUCCAAACCCCCUGCCGGAGGACCAACACCUUCUAGAGGAAAACGAACCCCUUCCACCUGUGGUCCUGUAGAUGAGGAGCCCAAGGAGCCGGUGGACCCGUCGCUGCGGGCGAGAGAGAACUGGCUACGAAUCAUCAACAGGGUCCAACAGCAGCUUCGGGAGGCACGAGGAGAGACAUCCAAUUCUUUGUGGUUUGGUAAAGGAGGGGUGGGAGAGGUUUUGUACAGCAUCGACAGCAUGCCUGAUCUGCGCAAGAAGAAAGGCCCCUGCCUGGUCAAAGACCUGUUACAGGCCAUGUCUAUGGCCUCUCAGAACGCUCGGAAGGCUGGGAUCACCACAGCGAUGGCAUGCAGCACCCUUGGCAAUGAGGACCUGAAAAGUCACGUUUAUAAGAAGACCCUACAGGCUCUGAUCUACCCCAUCUCCUGCACCACGCCCCAUAACUUUGAGGUGUGGACGGCCACCACUCCCACCUACUGCUAUGAGUGUGAGGGGCUGCUGUGGGGCAUCGCCCGCCAGGGCAUGAGGUGCUCCGAGUGUGGGGUCAAAUGUCACGACAAGUGUCAGGACCUGCUAAAUGCCGACUGCCUGCAGAGGGCAGCGGAGAAGAGUUCUAAGCACGGGGCAGAGGACAGAACCCAGAACAUCAUCAUGGUUCUAAAGGACAGAAUGAAGAUCAGAGAGAGGAACAAACCGGAAAUCUUCGAGCUCAUCCAGGAAGUGUUUACUGUCGUCAAGGCAACGCACGCCACGCAGAUGAAGCAGAUCAAACAGAGCGUGCUUGAUGGGACAUCCAAGUGGUCGGCCAUGAUCAGCAUGACUGUGCAGUGUGCUCAGGGCCUCCAGGCCAAGGACAAGACUGGUUCCAGUGACCCCUACGUCACAGUUCAGGUGGGCAAGACCAAGAAGAGGACCAAGACUAUCUACGGCAACCUCAACCCUGUCUGGGAGGAGAACUUCCACUUUGAAUGCCACAACUCGUCGGACCGUAUUAAGGUACGCGUGUGGGAUGAGGACGAUGACAUCAAGUCCAGGGUGAAGCAGAAGUUCAAACGGGAGUCAGAUGACUUCCUGGGUCAGACCAUCAUCGAGGUCCGCACGCUCAGCGGAGAGAUGGACGUCUGGUACAACCUGGACAAGAGAACAGACAAGUCAGCUGUGUCUGGAGCCAUCCGGAUGCACAUCAGUGUAGAGAUCAAAGGAGAGGAGACUGUGGCUCCCUACCAUGUCCAGUACACCUGUCUACAUGAGCACCUGUUCCAGUACACUACAGAGGUGCAGAACAGUGGUGUGGUGAAGAUCCCUGAUGCUAAAGGAGACGACGCGUGGAAGGUGUACUUCGAGGAGACUCCCCAGGAGAUCGUGGAUGAGUUCGCCAUGCGUUACGGAGUGGAGUCCAUCUACCAGGCUAUGACCCACUUUGCCUGCCUGUCGUCUAAGUACAUGUGCCCAGGCGUGCCCGCGGUGAUGAGUACCCUGCUGGCCAACAUCAAUGCUUACUACGCCCACACCACCCAGUCCACCAAUAACGUCUCGGCAUCAGACCGCUUCGCCGCAUCCAACUUUGGAAAGGACAGGUUUGUGAAACUCCUAGAUCAGCUCCACAACUCCCUGAGGAUUGACCUAUCUAUGUACCGGAAUAACUUCCCAGCCAGUAGCCCUGAGAGGCUGCAGGACCUCAAAUCCACUGUAGACCUACUGACCAGCAUCACCUUCUUCAGGAUGAAGGUCCAGGAGCUGCAGAGCCCCCCCAGGGCCAGUCAGGUGGUGAAGGACUGUGUUAAAGCCUGUCUCAACUCCACCUACGAAUACAUCUUCAACAACUGUCAUGAACUCUACAGCAGAGAGUACCAGACAGACCCUGCUAAGGCUGACGUUCCAGAAGAGCAGGGUCCCAGUAUCAAGAACUUGGACUUCUGGUCAAAACUCAUCACCCUCAUCGUCUCCAUCAUAGAGGAAGACAAGAACUCCUAUACACCCUGUCUCAACCAGUUUCCUCAGGAACUGAAUGUGGGCGUGAUCAGUGCAGAGGUCAUGUGGAACAUGUUUGCUCAAGAUAUGAGAUAUGCCAUGGAGGAGCAUGAGAAGAACCGGCUGUGUAAGAGUGCUGAUUACAUGAACCUGCACUUCAAGGUGAAGUGGCUCUACAACGAAUACUGCAAAGAGCUGCCCACCUUCCAGAAACGUGUACCGGAGUACCCAGCGUGGUUCGAGCCGUUUGUCAUCCAGUGGUUGGACGAGAACGAGGAAGUGUCCAGAGACUUCCUGCACGGUGCCCUAGUGAGGGACACAAAGGACGGGUUCCAGGUGACGUCAGAGCAUGCUCUGUUCUCCUGUUCAGUGGUGGAUGUGUUCUCUCAGCUCAACCAGAGCUUUGAGAUCAUACGCAAGUUAGAGUGUCCUGACCCCCAGAUCGUAGGCAACUACAUGAAGAGAUUCGCCAAGACCAUCGGGAACGUUCUGCUGUCCUAUGCUGAGAUCAUUUCCAAAGAGUUCCCUAAACAAUGUGGGAACAAAGAGAAAGAGAAAGUGCCCUGCAUCAUCAUGAAUAACAUCCAACAGCUUAGAGUGCAGCUGGAGAAGAUGUUUGAGGCCAUGGGAGGCAAAAAUCUGAACGUGGAGGCCAGUGACUUCCUGAAGGACCUGCAAUUAAAGCUCAACAACGUCAUGGACGACCUUAGUAGGAUCUUUGCCGUCAGUUUUCAGCCCCAGAUUGAGGAAAAUGUAAAGCAGAUGGGAGAUAUCUUGGGCCAGGUGAAGGGACAGACUGUUACAGACAACAACAGCGUGGCCGGGGAUGCAGACAACGUCCUGCAGCCCAUCAUGGACUUCCUCGACACCAAUCUGUCGCUGUUUGCUAAGAUCUGUGAGAAGACUGUGCUGAAGAGAGUGCUGAAGGAACUGUGGAAACUGGUCAUUAACACUAUGGAGAAAAGCAUUGUGCUUCCCCCGUUCACAGACCAGUCGGGCACUCAGAUGAUCUUUAAUGCAGCUAAGGAGUUGGGUCAGCUUUCUAAGCUCAAGGAGCACAUUGUGAGAGAGGAGGCCAAGGCUCUCUCCCCUAAACAGUGUGCCAUCAUAGAGCUGGCAUUGGACACCAUUAAGCAAUACUUCCAUGCGGGUGGUGUGGGUCUGAAGAAGACAUUCCUGGAGAAGAGUCCUGACCUGAAGUCUCUGCACUACGCCCUGUCCCUCUACACACAACACACUGACAAGCUCAUCAGGAAGUUUGUCCUUUCACAAAACGCUCAGGUCCAUGGAGGGAAGGGGGUCAGGUAUACCCUUAACGAAGACACAUUACCAGAAAAGGGGUCGGGAGUGGAGGAGCCAAUCGGAGAGGUGGUAAUGCACGUGGAGAUCUACACCCAUCCCAACACUGGAGAACACAAGAUCACUGUGAGAGUGAUUGCUGCUAAUGACAUUAAGUGGCAGACCCAGGGGAUAUUUCGUCCCUUCGUGGAGGUCUACAUCAUUGGUCCCCACCUCACUGACAAAAAGAGGAAGCACGCCACCAAGUCCAAGAAUAACAGCUGGUCGCCCAAGUUCAACGAGACCUUUCAGUAUUCCUUGGGCAGUGAGUUGGGUCCGGAGGGCUAUGAGCUGCAGGUGUGUGUGAAGGACUACUGCUUCGCCAGGGAGGACCGUACGGUGGGCAUGGCCCUGAUGCAGUUGAAGGACAUGGCCUCCCGGGGCAGCAUGACAUGCUGGCUCCCCCUGGGGAAGAGGGUCCACAUGGACGAGACGGGCUUGACGGUACUGAGGAUCCUGUCCCAACGCAACAACGACGACGUGGCCAAAGAGUUUGUCAAGCUCAAGUCAGACCAGCGCUCUGCCGAGGAGGGACGGGCGAGCUGAGAGGGAGAGUAGAGAUGGGCCUAGUGAUCAAGAUACUGAUUUAGAUACACACACACACACACACACACACACACACAGUUACUAAUACAAUACUGGCAUGUUUAUGUCAUAUAAACACAGUCAUGAACACACUAAUCAUCUCUAAUCACAUAAUGAUUAUCAAAUGUACACAAACACAGAGGUGACCAACAGUUCCUUUGAGCACCUGUCAAUGAACCAAUCAAUUUAUCAAUCCAUUUCUACUGCUCUCUCUCUCAUUAUCUCUCUUUCACUCUUGCAUAUUACACAUUUUAUAUAUAUUUAAUGCAGAAAUGUGAGAAACAAAUAUCACCUGAUGAGUUAUGGUGGAGUUAUAGAGACAGAUGACUUUGCACUUUGACCUCUCGGCAUGUUCAAGAGAGCAGCCCUAAACCCCAACUCUUACUUCUCCGUCUGUUCCUAUUAAUCUGUCUGUGGGUUUAUCAGUGUGUUGUUCUCUUUCGCUCUCUUUCCUUUUCUCUAUGUUGUGCUCAGUCUUCCUGUCAUGUGAUGUGCUCUGGGUAGAAGUAGACCUCAGUGACAGAUCUAGGAUCAACUUACACAGUUGUCCUGGCUUUCCCUGUUGGGGAGAGGGAAAUGUAACAUUGAUCUUAGAUCAGCGUCUGGGUGCAGCUUCAUCCUAUCUCGUGUGAUGAUGUACUUCCUGCAUGUUGAACCCAAUUCUCAGAGAACACUGUGAUUAAUUAGCUGAUACCACGGCAACAGCUGUACAGACCCCGCCCCCCACAGACACUUGACACCUUAUACCUGUGUGCACGGUGCAUAUGACCUGGUAUAAUAAGGGUUAACAUAAUAAUAACCUUUGUAACCAUGAAGAAAACUACUAUCCAGUAAAAAACUAAGUGAGGAAAGAAGAAUGUGCCGACGUUUGAUAUGAAUGUGUAUUUUGUAAGACAGGCCAGUCUUUCACAUGGGUUGAGGUUAGCCUAGGUUUGGAUCAGAGUUGUUGGAUGUUAGCGUGUUUGGAACACACCAUAUGUCCAUGUUGUAUAUAGACACUGAGAUGGUGCCGCAGACCCAAACAUGUACCUUUUGAAGAUGGUCUGCUCUUUUUACAUACUCACCUACCCUAGCAAUGGCCCUGGCCUGACAUUACUAUAAAGGAGUAAUACUAGCCAAUAGAUGGUUGAUUCAACCCCUCAUAAACCCCCUUCUAUGUUCCCUUGAAAGUGCACAAAUACUGCAAAGGGCUACAGGACCAGCAGACAUAGACAUUACAUAGACACUGCCUGGUCACUUCUCCCGUCUGUGUCUGUGAGAAUUGAAUAAAUAUGUUUUCUGUGCUAUGGGCCAUAAGAUAAAACUAACCCAUAGGCCACUAUAUACAGUGAGCUCCAGAAGUAUUGGGACAGAGACACAUGUUGUGUUGUUUUGGCUCUGGACUCCAGCACUUUGGAUUUGAAAUGAUACAAUCACUUUUCAUUUAGAAACUUUUUGUACAUAGUCCCUCCCAUUUUAAGGGACCAAAAGUAUUGGGACAAAUUCACUUAUAUGGGUAUUAAAGUAGUUAAAAUGUCA